GGAUGCAACGUGCAUGUUCUCGCUCUCUUCCUGAUAUGCACACCUUCUGUUACUUCCAUCCUUUGUUCGUGGCAUCCUCAGUUUGCUUCCCGUCCUGAAUUAUUAUACAGGCACUCCUGCAGCAAAAUCCUUCCCUUGAAAAAGUAAACAAGGAGGUUGUGAUCUUGAGAUGAAAGAAUAAAGCUACAGAGGAGCUACAGAAGCAACUCAGAGGAAAAUGGGGAAGGCAUCAAAAGGCAGGGAUACCUAAUGAGCUGAAAGGACUCAGACUCAUGGCCUUUGAAAGCAUUUCCUCUCAGUCCUACGGUGGCGGCUUCAAAAACAAGUCCUUCAAAAGAUGGCCCAUGAAUAUGGAAGUGCAUCGGGACAAAAGGAACUUUCUGAAAUAUAGAUAACCGAACCAGGCUAAAUCCAGUAUUUAAUAUAUAUCUUGUUUUUCCUAUCUGAUUGGUGUGAAACAAUGCUAAAGCUACUCCACUAUCCAAGUUGAACAUGACUUUGGGUGGCUUUUAGGACACAUCUGUAUAAUAUUCUGGGCAACAGUAGAAAAGUGGACUGCUGUUACCUUCUCCUGGAAUAUUUUUCUUUCAGUGUGUCACUGUGGUCUACAGCCCAUUCAUAUCUGAAGCAGAACCUAUCCUGCUUAGCUUUUGAUCCCCAAGAAGGUCAACUACUUGCUGAGACAAUGUGAGAUGGAGCUCAAAGUAAAAGUUGUCUAUUCUACUUAUGGUUAAAUCCUUCUAUUGUGGUUGACUCAUGGAAGCCACCAGCCAUUGGAAUACUGGCUUCUUUAAUGGCAGCAGCUCUGAGGUAGCAUUAAGGAACAGCUCCAAUUUCAGUUCCCAGUUUACUAGUGUGCAGCUGAUCCAGUCUUUCAAACCUCUGAUCAUCCCUUGCUACACCUUGGUGGUGCUUGUUGGCAUCUUUGGCAACUAUCUUCUUCUUUAUGUCAUCUGCAAGAUCAAGAAAAUGCACAAUGUCACCAACUUCUUCAUUGGAAACCUGGCCUUCUCAGAUAUGUUGAUGUGUGCAACCUGCAUCCCCUUUACCCUGGCAUAUGCUUUCAACCCCCAGGGAUGGAUCUUUGGGAAGUUCCUGUGUUACUUUGUGUUCCUGAUGCAGCCCAUGACUGUCUAUGUCUCUGUUUUCACACUUACUGCCAUUGCUGUGGACAGAUAUUAUACCACUCUGCAUCUUCUGAAGAAACGUAUCUCGUAUACAACUUGUGUGUACGUCAUUGGUGGGAUUUGGCUGCUCUCAUGUGCCCUGGUAGCUCCAGCUGUUGCCCACACCUACCAUGUGGAGUUCCAGAAGGAAGGCUUUGCCAUUUGUGAAGAGUUCUGGAUAGGAGAAGAGAGGGAGCACCUGGCCUAUGCUUAUAGCACCUUGAUCAUCACCUACAUCCUGCCUCUUUCAGCUGUCUCUCUCUCCUACAUCUGCAUCACCAUCAAGCUGAAGAACCGUGUCGUUCCAGGUCAUCCAACACAAAGCCAGGCAGUGUUUGACCGCUUGAGAAGAAGGAAGAUCUUCCGCCUCCUGGUGUUGGUGGUGGCUGCUUUCGCUGUCUGCUGGCUCCCCAUUCAUGUCUUCAACAUCAUCCGCGACAUCAACAUCAACCUCAUUAACAAAGAAUACUUCCUUCUGUUGCAGUUGCUCUGCCACUGGUUUGCCAUGAGCUCUUCCUGCUAUAAUCCUUUCCUUUAUGCCUGGUUGCAUGAUCGCUUCCGAACUUCCCUUCCAUCCCAAAUCCAUAUAAAGCUGGUGUUUACUUCCUAUUCUGAAAAUAUGGACAUACCUACAGCCUAAGGAGAACUCUGCUGGAUUUGAUCACAUUCAGACACUUAGCAGCUGGCAUGUAUUUAUGAUGGUUGCAAUGUCCCGGGAUCAAGUGAUCACCUUCUGAUAAGCAAAGUCAAUUAACAAGAAUAUAAAAAUACUGUCUUGGUCCACCCAAACUUUAUUCAUUUGUCCACUCGACUCAGUUUUGCUUUUAUACCAGCACUGUGUGGAAAUCUGCUUUGCAAUUACUUGAGACUUUUCUUCCUGUGAAAAGUCUGUAAUGAUGUUGAUGAGUCAUCUCACCAGAUUCUUUAGAAGUCACCAGGUAAAAUUAGAUUUAAUUGCAUAUUACUAAAGUAUUUCCGGGACUUUCCAGCUAUGGCUGUGUUUUUCUUUCAGAUCAAUAACAAACUUGUGUCUUAACUUCCCAGCUAGUAUGCUCUUUCAGCUUCUGCAUGUCGCCCACGUGUUCUCACUUGCUCCAUCCUCCACUUGUAAAUAAGAAUCAGUUAGUAAACUAGUCCCACUUCCUUGUUUUCAAAUGUUAAAAACAAGAUAAAAACUAAUCUUACUAUGGGCCUGUUGUACAUGUUUAAGAACACUCACAUUCUCCUCAUAGCUUAAGCACCUCAAAUAUAUUCUCAAAUAUAUUGUGAUUUGCCAGGAAAUUAUUGUAGGGAGGAUCUGUUCGGAAUGGAACUGAUGCAGACCAGAAUAAGUAAAGCCUCCGUUGACCCAAACUUGGUCCCUGGUCCCAUGCAAAAUUGACUUAUCUCUUUCUUCCAGUACAUUUUUUCCAGAUUCCAAAUAAGAUCUGUAGAAUUUGGAUUUUCCAAAGGUCUCCCUUUAUGAGAGAAGCGGAGGGACGAGGAGAGCUUGGUGGACUACAAUAAGCAAAGUUUUCCAGGAAAGAGGAAGCAUAUUUAAAAAAAAAUGGGGGGGGCGGGUAAGGAGCCAAGAGGCAGCCCAGCCCAGAGCUGGAUAGGAGACAGGAAAAGAAUAAGGAUAGUCACUCAGGAGAAGGAAGAGGGGGAGAAGGAGAAGAAGGAUUGUUGUACUAUGGGCAUGGGGUGGGAAAGCAUUAGGAGCACACUUUACCCAGCCCAAGCAGAAGCAAAAUGUUGUCCACUGGCAUAUUAAAGGCACUAUGGAUAAUGCAUUAACAUCUUGGUCUUAGAACAGGUUAUUGACUUAAUGGAUCAACGGUAAAAUUAUCUGUAUUGGGGCUGGAGAUGAAGCCAAACUGGAGCAAAGCAGCGAAGACCAGUUGCUUGUAAAGCCUUAAAAAGAACAAUUUUAAAUGAGUUAGAGGUGCUGGGCUGGGGAUGGAGGACAUCAUCAUCUGUUUCUGCCCCAGGACAGAAUGAGUGACAAGAGUUUUUCCCUCACUGUUGCAAUCUUGUCUUGAGUUCUUUUGUCCAGGAGAAAAGACCAUUUACCUUCAAGCUACACCUUUGUAAGAAAAGAAAACCUGGUCCAUAAUCCCCUUAGGAUGGAAAGAAAGCAGUCAAAUCACUUUACUAAUCCAUGCAUAAAUGAAUAAGUUUGCUCUCUUAAAUCAAAGAGAACCACACCCUUUAAUGUUAUGAUUGUGUAAACACCGAAACUCUCUAGCAUACUUUUCACCUGCUUGGCUGUUCUUUCCACCAGUUCCUCUUCAAAGAACAGGGCCUCCUGCUUCAAAAUGAGCAGGGACAUAAUAGAAGGCAGGGAGAAGCUAUCGAUACUGGCAUUUACCUGUGUUUGUCUUUUCUUUAUGAAAAAAACUGAGAGAUUUAGCAAAAUAUGGGCAAUUGAGGGGUAGAAGGAGUUAGCAAGUGCAUAGCAAAUCCCUUUACCUCACCAAACCAAGAUAAUUUAAGUUCUGGAAUGGAAGCUUAAAUAAAGCAACAUAAAAUAUUAUCACAAUGCUGGCACAGUGACAGAGCACAGAGUUCAUAUAUCUCUUGGGUUGUUGAAUAAGCUAUGGUUUGAUUAACCACAGUUUAUUGAAUCACCUCAAAUUGUCUGGAUUUUCCUGUUAGCUAUAUAAGCUAAGGUUUCAGGGCUAUGUGUCCAGCUUCAUUUCUGUGGCCUGCAAAGCCACAAUUGCAGGAAAUUGCUCUUAAGAUUUAACAAAACAACAACUUGAUGGAGGGAUAAAACCUGAAGAACUUAAGUAUCUUGGUUUCUUGCAAUCAAUGAGCCUUUUGAAAAGUAUCUUUCAUAUCUGCUCAUAAGUGGGGUUGGUGCUGCCAGGAAGGAAUCACUAACAUAAUGUUUUCAGGAUUCAGUCCUUACUCCGGGAUCUUCAUAAAUUCAGGCUCAAAAUGGCAGCUCACCCUCAGUUUGUGCUCAUAUCUGCCAUCCUACAGAUUUCACAGACCCUUAUUAAUAGUCGCCAUCCUGCUGUACCACACUAUCAAUUCUCAUCUUUGACUAAGGGUGGGCUGUAGCAAAACUAUAAGCACAUAAUUUAUGCAUGAUAAUCCUUUACAAUAUACACUUUACUAGGCAAAAUGUGGACAGUCACAACCAUGCCUUCCACACUUUGUGGGAGAAAGCAGCAGCAGAUGGUCUGAUCCAAAUCUUUAGACAUGACAUUACUAUGAAAUUUCCUCAAGAAAGGUCUUGUCUAAGUAAUCAGGUCAUGAAGAAGUAUUUCCAUUUAGCCGAAGAAAGCUCUGUAUGCAACUUCAUAUAUUAAAAUCCUUUUUUAUAUACAUAUAGCAGUGAUAGAAUCAGAGCUAUAAAUAACUAGGCUUUGAGCUGAAAAGGAUGAUUAAAUUUACAUUUUUGGGAAGACAGCUUUGACAACAAAUCAUUAUUUCCAUCAGACAUCAGGAUAAAAUGAUAUAAAACUCAAUCCCAAUACAAAGGAUUACAACAACUUCAGCAGUAAGUGAAAUUUAAUAUUAGUAACAUCAUGAUAUAAAAUAUUAUAGUUCUAAAUCCUGUAAGUAAAAUUGUACUGCUGCUACUCUCGAUAAAUAAAACUAACCAAUACAAUAGAAUGAUGUAAAAAGACAAUGAAGUAGAUUUACUGUUAAACUGUAGUCUAAGUGGCUGACAUGUCUUGUAAGAGUUCUUUGUGUUCUGUUUUUUGUAAUUAAUACAACCUCUGGAGGAAAAUGGAGAAAUGACUGAUGGUUCAAAUAAAGUUGAAUUUAUGUGUCAUAA